AUGGCUCGCCGAGCCACGCCGGCGGCCAGCUCCGUCCCGCCCACGCCCGCGCCGUCGCGGCGACCGCCGCCCCGCCCGGCCACGGCUCGCCCCGCCCCGGCGACAACCGCGCCCCGCCUGCCCGCCCGUGGCCGAGCUGCAGCUGCUGCCUGGCCGGGCCUGCUCGCCCGUGCCCACGAGUGGCCGACGCGGCCGGCGGCGUGCCCGCCCGUGCGUGCCCGACGCGGCCGGAGUCGAGGCGCGCACGGACAGCUCCGACCGGCUCCACCUCUGCUGACCGUUUCUCCCGUCUCGCCUCGGGGAACCUCGGCCCGGCACAACGCCCACCACUCAGCGACCGGCGCUCCCCACUGCCGGUGUCGCGAUUCGUGGCAAAACGGGGAGGCUCGCUCUCUGGUUUCUCUGUUCGCGGUAAGGUUCCCUAGGGGCGCCGCCGCCACUCACCGCCAGCCGCCUUCCACGUCCUCGAAGCGCCUCAUCGGACGACCUGCACCGCCUCCUCCGUCCACCUCUCCUCCAUCGACCUGCAAUUCCUCCCCCAGCCACGCUUCCGCAGGUCGGCCUGCACCACCUCCUCUGCCAGACCUGCAGCGUGGUCGACCUGCACCACCUCCUCUGGCCGACCUACAGCGCUUCAGCCACCGUGGCCAGCCUGCACCAUCUCCUCUGGCCGACCUGCAGCACCUCAACCACCACGGAAAACAGCAGCUCAUCACCUCGCGGUGGCGCCUCGACCCUACCGGGUGGUCGGCCCACACUCGACGACCUGCAGCGCCGCCGGAGCACGCAGAAGCGUGGCCGGCUAGGGAGAAAGCCCGCAGCAUGGCAUGGCAGAGUUGGAGUGGUGCACGAGCUGACGGGAUUCUAUUUUCUCUCUGGUGGCUCAUACCAGAUCAGUUGAGGUGGCCAUACAACCUCUUCUCUAAUUUCCGGUGACACUCUUGCCGUGCUGCUGGAGUUGUCCACGGAU